AUGCGCCGCUCCUUCCGGAAGCUUCCGCGCAGGCCCGGACGGCGGUACGCGGACAAGGCCGCGGUUUGGGUGCGGUUUGGAGUGGUUCGGCAGGAGCGUCUGCUGGCUGACAAACACGAGGCCCAGCCUCCGUCCUGCUGCCGACCCAAGAGGUCCCAGCGACCAAUAACGAGUUCACACCACGUUGCCACGGGCAACCGCGGUCGAGGCCAGAAGGCGGACGACACUCCCAUCGCGGGGGCAGCCCAGAGUCCGCAUGCUGCAUCAGAGCCCAGAGUCCCCUGCAUCAGAGCCCAGAGUCCGCUGCAUCAGAGCCCAGAGUCCGCUGCAUCAGAGCCCAGAGUCCCCUGCAUCAUAGCCCGGAGUCCCCUGCAUCAGAGCCCAGAGUCCGCUCUGCUGCUGCAUCAGAGCCCAGAGUCCCCUGCAUCAGAGCCCAGAGUCCGCUGCAUCAGAGCCCAGAGUCCGCUGCAUCAGAGCCCAGAGUCCGCUGCAUCAGAGCCCAGAGUCCCCUGCAUCAUAGCCCGGAGUCCCCUGCAUCAGAGCCCAGAGUCCGCUGCAUCAGAGCCCAGAGUCCGCUGCAUCAGAGCCCAGAGUCCGCUGCAUCAUAGCCCGGAGUCCCCUGCAUCAGAGCCCAGAGUCCGCGCUGCGGCUGCAUCAGAGCCCAGAGCCCAGAGUCCCCUGCAUCAGAGCCCAGAGUCCCCUGCAUCAGAGCCCAGAGUCCCCUGCAUCAGAGCCCAGAGUCCCCUCUGCAUCAGAGCCCAGAGUCCCCUGCAUCAGAGCCCGGAGUCCGCGCUGCGGCUGCAUCAGAGCCCAGAGCCCAGAGUCCCCUGCAUCAGAGCCCAGAGUCCCCUGCAUCAGAGCCCAGAGUCCCCUGCAUCAGAGCCCAGAGCCCAGACCCCGCUCUGCUGCUGCAUCAGAGCCCAGAGUCCCCUGCAUCAGAGCCCAGAGUCCGCGCUGUGGCUGCAUCAGAGCCCAGAGUCCCCUGCAUCAGAGCCCAGAGUCCGCUCUGCGGCUGCAUCAGAGGCGGCGCUGGCCAUCACCCUCACCACCAUCGGCUACGGGGACAAGACUCCCCAGACCUGGACGGGACGCCUCCUCUCGGCGGGAUUCGCGCUACUGGGCAUCUCCUUCUUCGCCCUCCCCGCGGGAAUUCUGGGAUCUGGCUUCGCGCUGAAGGUUCAGGAGCAGCACAGGCAGAAGCACUUUGAGAAGCGGAGAAACCCGGCCGCCAGUCUCAUCCAGGCUGCGUGGCGCUUUUACUCCACCGACGCUAGCCGGCCCUAUCUGAGCGCCACCUGGAGCCACUAUGAUAGUCUUGUUCCCCUCCUCAGGAAAGACCAAGGAGAAUCGUCCACAAGUCAGAAGCUGAGCUUUAAGGAGCGCGUGCGCAUGGCCAGCCCGCGCGGUCAGAGCAUAAAGAGCCGGCAGACGUCGGUGAGCGACCGGCGGUCCCCGGGGGCCGAGAUCAGCGCCGAGGGCACCAGCCCCGCCAAGGUGCAGAAGAGCUGGAGCUUCAACGACCGCACCCGCUUCCGCCCCUCGCUCCGCCUCAAGAGCCAAUCGCGCCCCGCGCCCGACGCCGACGCUAACCUGGGUGUGGACGACGGCUUCGAUGAGAAGGGCUGCCACUGCGAGAUCUCUGUGGAGGACCUGACGCCCGCCGUCAAGUGUGUGAUCCGGGCGGUCAGGAUAAUGAAGUUCCACGUGGCGAAGAAGAAGUUCAAGGAGACGCUGCGGCCGUACGAUGUGAAGGACGUGAUCGAGCAGUACUCUGCUGGACACCUGGACAUGCUGUGCAGGAUCAAGAGCCUGCAGACACGGCUGGACUCCAUUGUGGGUCCGCAGCACACCCUGGGCAGCAAAGCCAAGACUCUCUCCUCCCCCUCCCUCCACCCAUAUCACAGCCAGCAUGGGAGGAAGCACUCCGCUGCGGGAGUGGACCAAAUUUUGGGCAAGGGACAGAUUCCCGUGGACAAGAAGGUGAGGGACAAGCUGCUGUCAGACAGCGACACCCUGGAGGACGUGAGCAUGCUGGGUCGCGUGUGCAAAGUGGAGCGGCAGGUCCAGUCCAUCGAAUCCAAGCUGGACUCCCUGCUGGACAUCUACCGCCAGGUCCUGCGCAAGGGCUCGUCCUCAGCGCUGACCCUGUCCUCCCUGCCCCUGUUCGAGCUGGAGCAGACCUCAGACUACCAGGGCUCCAUCCUGAGCAAGGACCUGUCCCGCUCCACCAGCGCCAACCUUCCCCGGGGCCUCCACCUCAUCCUGGCCCCCAACGAGCUCAACCUCAAUCUCAACAGCUCCCACGCCAGCUCCUUCACCCCCUCGCCCCUGCCCCACGGCCAGCCCCCGACCCCCGAGGGGGGUUCCGUGGACACCACCCCCCCGCCCGUCCUCACGCCCGCCACCCUGCCCGCGAACCCCUUCCCCAAUCUGGUGCGGCCCCCCCCGCCCCCGUCCGGCGGCAGUGCCGCCAACGCGCUCCAGCCGCCCCCCGUGCCCCCGCCCCCGGGCAGGCCGGCCCACGGGACGUCGCAGGACAGCAGGCCGGGCGAACUGGGCGCCCCCUGCCUGGGGGGGGAGCGGGGGCCGGGCGGGGGGGUGCAGCUGAGAAGUCGGCCCAGCGCCAAAGAGGAGGGGUCCUGGAGGAGACACCUGAGCCUGGAGACGGACCCCCUGGGGUCGCUGUCGUCGGUGGGCGGGGCCGGGGGAGGGGGCGGGACCGGGGGCGGAGCCCUGGGGAAGUCCCUGUCCGCGCAGAACCUGGUGCAGCACGCGGGCGCGGACUGCCCGCCCGCCGUUUCCCCCGGCAACAGCAGCAGCAGCGGCAGCAGCGGCGGCUCAGGCGGCGGCAGCGCCGGCGGGACCCCCGGGGCCGACUGGGGCGAGGCCGAACUCUUCAUCAGCGACGGGGACCUGGACGCCCAGGCGGGCGGGUUCGACUUCCUGUCCCGGCAGGCCUCCGACCCCGCCUUCGCCUCCGACCUCCUGCGGACUGGCGGCACAGGCUCCGCCCACAGUGCGCCCGAUGGGCGGACCGGCGGCGGCGGCAGCGGCGGCAGUGCGGAGUCCCUGAGCAUGCCCCGUGUGCGCCUAAAAUAGACCCGCCGCGGAACACGCCAAAAAACCCCCUCGCCCUCUCUCUGACUGCAGGCUUUUAUUUCUGUCUGGGGGUUCGCUUUUUUUUUUGGGUGGGGGGUAGGGGGGGUUGGAAGGGUAGGUUUAGACUUUUUUCCCCUUCAAAUUAGUUCAUUAAAACAUUUAG